AAUCUGAUACUUUUCCGGUGCUUUCUAAGCCGCGACUCUCUCCCCGUUUGGCGGCUGCGACGACCGAUCCCUGCUCCCCUCCAACCUUUUCGCGUUCUCUUUCUUGAAAUAAAAGGCGAAGCAGUAGAGGAGAAGAGAUGGUUGCCGUCGCCCUGUCUUCCCCUCCACCUCCUCUGCUCCGCCUCCCGCCUCAUGCCCCCUCCCUCAUGUCCCCUCUCCCCCUCCCCCGCCUCCGCCCCCUUCGCCUUGGCCGCCGCCACCUCUCCUCCCUCGCCGCCGUCGCCGCCGCCGUUCGGCAGGACUCUGCCACCUGGACCCAGGCACCGCUGACGCUCAUCGCCCCGGCCUCCCGCGACGCAUCCCUCUUCCACGUCUCCAUCGACGUCUCCGACGCCCCCGACCUCGCCGCCGCCCACACCGCCCCCGGUCAGUACCUCCAGCUCCGCCUCCCCGCUGCCCCCAAGCCCGUCUUCCUCGCCAUCGCCUCUCCGCCCGCCCUCGCCGCCGCCCGUGGCGAGUUCGAGUUUCUCGUCAAGCGCGUUGCCGGCUCCACGACCGACCUCCUCUGCGGUCUUAGAAGAGGGGAAGUCGUCGAGCUCAGCGCCGUCAUGGGGAGGGGCUUCGAGGUGGAGCGGAUCUCGCCACCCGAAGCCUUCCCGACCGUGCUCAUCUUCGCCACUGGAUCUGGGAUCAGUCCAAUUCGCUCGCUUAUUGAGUCCGGAAUCAAUGCAAAUAAAAGAUCGGAUGUGAGGCUUUAUUAUGGAGUGAGAAAUCUUCAGAGAAUGGCUUAUCAGGAUAGGUUCAAGGAUUGGGAGUCUACUGGUGUUAAACUUGUACCUGUUUUGUCACGGCCAGAUGAUAGAUGGAAAGGUGAACAAGGCUACGUACAGGCUGCAUUUUCUAGAGCCAAACAAGUGCUAAAUGCUUCAUCGACUGGGGCAGUGCUCUGCGGGCACAAACAGAUGACUGAGGAUGUUACAACUGUGCUUGUGGCUGAUGGUGUGCCAAAAGAUAAAAUUCUGAAGAAUUUCUAAUGGUGGACAUGGACUCCUGUUUUGUUGUAACAUUUUUGACAAAAAACCAUCAGUUAUUCUUUAAUCACUAAGCCACAAUCAUUUGAUUGAGCUUGGAUAGAUUAGGAGCUAAUAAUUUAUCAAAUUUUGACAUUUUUCCUAUGUCGUAGCAUAUAAUACCAUAGUAAGUUUGAAAUAUUUAAUGAUUUAAUAUCACUCAGAGAACCAGGGAACUGCAUACGCAAACACAACCUUUUCAUGGUUGUCAAGAGUAAACUACUUGUUUGAAGAUUCAA